UGUCAUUAUCACUAUUAUAUUUGUUGCGUGUAGUAUGCAAUUUUUCUUAUUAGUUUCUUUUCUCUACUAUCUAUGAUUUGUCCUGGGUUGAAGAAACUUGUAUUUGCAUUUGAUUUUGGAAGAAGUAUAUUCCUUUUGAUUCUUGGACAUCUUGAUUACAUCUAACUCGACCAUACACCCCAAGAAGGAACUUUUCAUCUGUGGUUUUUUUUAAACUCAGUCUCGCUACUCUGUUCUUCAUUUCCUUCUUAUACUUAUAUUCCUUUUGUUUCCCCUCUACUAGUUUAGAAACAUGGAAGAUUUCGUGUUCAAAACUAUGACAUCCUCUUUUGCCUUGCUAGUUCUCUAUAUUGUGAUUAGAUUUGUGAAUAACAUUUGGUGGAGGCCCAGAAGUACAGAGAAAUUAUUGAGGCAGCAAGGUAUCAGAGGCUCUUCCUACAAGCUUUUUAAUGGGGACAUAUCGGACAUGAAGAACUCUGCUCUGAAGGCAUCGUCAAAGGCCAUCUCCCUUAACCACCAAAUCGUCCCUCGAGUCAUCCCUUUCAUUCACAAAAUGGUUCAGCAACAUGGAAAUGUUUCGUUGUGUUGGUUUGGAAGAAGACCAAGACUGAUAGUAGUAGAUGCAGAGCUCACAAGGUUGGUUUUAACAAAUAAGAAUGGCCAUUUUACGAAACCACCACGUAACCCCCUCGUCAAAAUUCUAACACAAGGAUUGUCAUCACUAGAAGGCGAAGCAUGGACUAAACGCAGAAGGUUAGUAACAUCGGCUUUCCAGCUUCAGAAGUUAAAGGCAAUGGUACCAGCAUUUUCAUCCAGUUGUCACAACAUGAUCCAGCGUUGGGAAAAACUAGUAGAACCAAAUGGAUCGUUUGAAUUAGAUGUCAGUUCAGAAUUCGACGUUCUUGCUGGUGAUGUCAUAGCUCGAACAGCCUUCGGAAGCAGCUACCAAGAGGGAAAGAAAAUUUUCGAACUACAAAAGGAGCAAGCAAUCUUGGUGAGUGAAGCCCUCAAUAACAUCUACAUCCCAGGUUUUAGAUUCUUACCAACUAAGAAGAACAAACGUAGGUACAACCUAGAUGUCCAAAUCAAAGCUAUGUUAAGGGAUAUUAUUCAGAAGAAAGAGCAAGUAAUGAGAGAGGAGGGUAAAUUAAAAGAGAAUGACUUAUUAAGCAUACUACUACAAUGUAGAGAUCAAAAUAAUUCUCUAACAACAGAGGAUGUGAUUGAGGAAUGCAAGCUGUUUUACUUUGCUGGCCAAGUGACCACAGCUAACACUCUUGCAUGGACUAUGAUUGUUUUAUCUAUGCAUCCUGAUUGGCAAGAAAAGGCAAGAGCGGAAGUGUUAGGGAUUUUUGGCAAAAAAGCACCAGAUUUUGAAGGCAUCAAUCAUCUAAAGAUAGUGUCAAUGAUAUUGUAUGAAGUUUUGAGAUUAUAUCCUCCUAUAACAGUCAUUAACAAAUACAAUUGGUGUGAGACAAGGGUAGGAAACAUGUCCAUCCCAGCUGGGGUUGAGGUUUGUUUACCCUUGCUACUUCUUCAUUAUGAUGGCAACUAUUGGGAGAAGCCCGAGGAGUUUAACCCAGUUAGAUUUACUGAAGGGGUUUCUAAAGCUUCAAAGGAUCAUAUUGCUUUCUAUCCUUUUGGUUGGGGACCAAGAAUCUGUCCAGGCCAAAACUUCGCCUUCCUAGAAGCAAAGAUGGCCCUGGCUACGAUUCUUCAGCAUUUCUCUUUCCAGCUCUCACCCUCUUAUGCUCAUGCUCCGAGUAAUUCCAUUACUCUUAAGCCACAAUUUGGAGCUCCCAUUGUUAUUCGUCGUAUUUAAGAAUUCUAAUUACUAUCACCAGCUUUGCUGCCCCGUCAUUAUCGAUGUCCUUGUUAAUAUCAUCACCAUUAUUAUUUUUACCUUUAUCA